AUGAGCAAAAGAGCAUCAAGAUAGGCUAGCAAGCUAGAAGAAAAAACAGAAACUAAGACUUUUGAAGAGGAAAUACCUGAAGAGAAUCCUACUAAAAAGUAAUUUAACUCUAAAGAAAAAACGACAACAACAACAAAAACUUAGAAAGUUGGAAAAGAAAGCGCUAAAGAACCAGUCAAGAUGAGCCUUGCAGAAUUAAAAAAUCUGAAAAACCUUAGAAGCAAAUAAGAGCAUAUAUUAAUGAACAUUGAAAACUAAAACAUUGAAAAUCAUGUUUAGACUUUACUUGAAAAGUUUGAUCCUCCAUAUUGUGCAAACUGCAAAAAGAGAAGGGCAGAUAGAGUCUGUAUUAAUAAAGCCUGUGGAUAAGAGAAUUACAUGUAAGUUAUUUGCGGUAAAUGCCACUUAGAUGAACACUAAAAGACUGUUAAUAAAUCAGAAAUUGAUAUUGAGGAAUAUUUUAUCAAGUUAUCCAAAUUUAUUAAUGAACAAAAGUAUGAUAAUAAAAAAAACCGUGAUUAAAGAAUAGACUUAGACAAUCUUGAUACUAUCUUCGAUGAGUUGGAUAAUUUCAGGCAAAAGUUAACUUCUUUAAGAGCAAAGAUAGAGAGCGAGAUAGAGUCCUACAUUAGUCCUUAGGAAAUGCAAAGUUUACUUCAAAACUGUAUUACGAAAGCUCUUAGUCUAUGCGAAUACGAUAAUAUUCAAGAAUAGCUUGUUAAUAUCAAGAAAAGCAUUAUUUUUGAGAAAAAUAAAUUCAUAUGGAAUGAUGCGAGUUAGAAAUUUUUAACUUUUUCUAAAAUUUUUAAUGAUUUAGAUAAGUUUAAAAAUUAAACUAACAAAAAGAUAUCUUAAUCUUUUAUUGGUGGAUAUGAUAUUUACUUAGAUGAAUUAGUAGUCAAAAAUUCAAAUAUAUCUGGUGGAUUUGGUGGAUUUGGAGCAUUUGGUCUUAAUUAAUCAUAAUAUGAAGCAAAGGCAAAUAAAGAUGGUGAAAUAGUAGUAACAGGCAUAAAUGGUAGCAGUUAAUUUUAUAUUGAUUACAACCUAGAUAGAUUAAAGAAGUACAAACUUAGAUUUAGGUUUAAUUGCUAACCUUAAAACUACAUUAUGGUUGGUGUUAUGCAAAAAUCUCUGGUGCACUCCAACUGGGUGUAUAAUAUUCCUAAUCAAUAUUUCUGUAAAAGAUUUUUAAGUAAUGCUCCAAACUAAGAAUGCUCUAAGCUUAUAUAAGGUAUUGAUUUGAGUAACAGUGUUUAAAAGGAUAAGUAGAUAGAAAUGAGAAUAGAUAUUGAAAAUAAUUACGUAGAUUUUUAUGAUUAUCCAGACAUUAAAAAUAUAAAUGCCAGUCUUGAUUCAAACAGAUUUGCCGAUGGAGACUAUAUUAUUGCUUUUGCAUUUUACUAAAGUUAAUCUAUAGUAAUUGAAAGCUUCCAAGAAUUAUUCUCUCUUGAUGAUAUUAAAACUAUAAAUUGA